GCUACUGCUUAUGUUCCAUAAUAUAUAAGUAUAAGAGAACACACACGCGCGUAUAGAGCAGCGCGAGAGAAUAUAGUAGAAGAGAGACAUAUUGCGACGAUUCCGGAUAGCAAAGUAGCAUCCGUAUAGAGUCCCGAUCUGCUCGACUGCAAUUGUUUCUCGCGGUGGACUGUCGAAUUCUCUCUCUGUUAUUGUGUCAGUGUGCCAGGUGUAUGCAGCAUUAAAUAGACUCCGAUACUAGACAGCAUUUUGUAUACAUACAGCGAUUUUACGUCAAGGCGAGUCGCGCGCGAUUACAACUCGUUCAACGAGCAAAAUUUAUCCCCGUUUUUUACACGUAAACGUUUGAAAAAAGAUAAGCCGAGAGAGAGAGAGUUGAACUUUUGCUUUUUUUCUUUUUUUUUGAUCGAAUCGAAGCCGCGACAAGGGAGAGAGAUAUAUUCACGCGUAAUAUAUACAGCAUAUAACAGCGUCGCGCGAGCCUCGAGUUGAGCUGCUGCUACUGCUGCUGAGUGCUGCUGUUAGUUGCUACUGCUAUACUGCCUAGUGUCUGCCCUGCUGCUUAUAAGCCUGCGACACAUUGCGUAUUUGGAAAUUAGAGAGCUACUCUUGGUGCUUCGAGAAUCCGAUCAUCGCACAGUUUGCAACUUUAUAAACUCAUCACGAGAACUGCUACAAUUCAAUAGAAGGAGAGUAGCAUUGGCACGAUAGACAUUCGCGUUGCGGAGGAGAGACUCCACUUCACGCGCUCAGUGUAUUCGCAGAUUACGCGCAUUCAAUCAAAAAAAGAUUCGUCCGCGAGCAUGGCGGCCGUCUUCGAUAUCGAGCUCCACGACGUCGACCAGGAGCAGCACGAAGACUCCGAGGACGACGCCAUCGAGAUAGGCGAGGAGGGCUACGAUGAUAAUCCCGAUGUCAAUCGAAUUAUCGAAACCGAAGAUGUUGAAACCGUGGCUAUAUCGGAACAGAACGUCAACGGAGGCCGCGAACGAGCUGGACCCGAGGACUUUGAAUUAUGUAAAGUCAUUGGCAAAGGUGGCUAUGGCAAAGUCUUUCAAGUACGCAAGACAACUGGCAAUGACAGGGGCACCAUAUUUGCCAUGAAAGUUUUGCGCAAGGCAUCCAUUAUACGUAAUCAAAAAGAUACUGCUCACACCAAAGCUGAAAGGAAUAUAUUGGAAGCUGUCAAGCAUCCUUUUAUUGUGGAUUUAAUCUACGCCUUUCAAACUGGUGGUAAAUUAUACUUAAUUCUUGAAUACAUGUGUGGAGGAGAGCUCUUCCACCAUUUGAAUGAUGAAGGAGUAUUCUUAGAGGAUACAGCUUGUUUUUACUUGUGUGAAAUAAUAUUGGCAUUGCAACAUCUUCAUUUGCAAGGAAUAAUCUAUAGAGACUUGAAACCAGAAAACAUAUUGCUGGAUGCAGAAGGUCACAUUAAGUUAACUGAUUUUGGUCUUUGCAAGGAACAUGUAAAAGAAGGAACUGUUACACAUACUUUCUGUGGUACUAUUGAAUAUAUGGCUCCAGAAAUUUUAACAAGGAGUGGUCAUGGAAAAGCAGUAGACUGGUGGAGUCUUGGUACUCUCUUGUAUGACAUGCUAACAGGAUCUCCUCCGUUCACAUCUAACAAUAGAAAAAUAACCAUUGAAAAAAUUUUAAAAAGCAAAGUUUUCUUACCACAAUUUCUUACUCCCGAUGCUCGAGAUCUUCUCAGAAAAUUAUUGAAGAGACAAGUUCCUCACAGAUUAGGCUCAGCCCCAUCUGAUGCUGAACAAAUAAAGAGUCAUCCAUUUUUCAAGCAUAUCCAUUGGGAUGAUGUUAUAUCACGUAAACUAGUGCCUCCAUUUAAACCAACUUUAACAAGUGAAGAUGAUGUCUCACAAUUUGACAAAAGGUUCACUACAACAUUACCUAUUGAUUCACCAGCUGAAUGCACUUUGAGCGAAUCAGCUAAUCAAGUUUUUCAAGGAUUCACAUAUGUAGCUCCAAGUAUUUUAGAAGACAAUUUUAAACCAAGAGUAAUUGAUGGUAGAAAUUCCCGAAAAAUAAGUAUGGGAGAAUUUACAUUAGUAAGUAGUAAUAACUAUCCAGCCCCACAAAUCACACAAGUACCAAACAACAGGCAUAAUGGCGUUGAGCAAAGUAUAGAAGAUACAGAAAUGAUCGAAAUAGGAUAAACUCUACUGAAAGAUUAGAGUAAAAUAUAAUCAAGCUGUUGGAUUAUUGCAUGGUUUUGGUCAAUUUUUCAAUAAAUAAUUUAGUCGAUUAAGGCUCACAAUGAUAUAGAAAACUAAUCAACUGCAUUUGUACAAUACGCAUAAAAAUUCACAAUUAUCCAAUGGCAUGAUAUAGAUAAUUCUUUUAGAUAGAAAACUGUACCUCAUGAAAAUUCAUAAGUUGAUCUUUUUAUUUUUCAAAAGCAGUUUUUGAAAAUAAUGAAUUUUACUGAGUAUGUGGACGUAUUAUGUACAUGAAAUUAUGUCCAUACUAAUCUUCAGAUGUAAUCACUUAUGUAGAAGGUACAAAUAGGUUCAACAGUUCAACAUUUGCUGGUAUGCUUCAGUUUGAUUUUUUCUUACAAAUUAUUUAUUUUUUAUAAGAAUUAUACGAGAAACUAUGCAUAUUAUGCCCCAUGAUAGUUAUUUUAUAUUUUUUGAUUUUAAACAUUUGAUUUUUUAUUUUUUAACUUUUUCAAAAACUUAUGAAUGUUGCAAACAAAUAAUUACGUAACAACAACAAUUUAUUACAUAAAUCAAUAAAUUGUUACCGUGACUGAAGCAAUGAAUAAAAAUAGAACUUGAAACAAGAUUUUACUUAUUGAAUUGAAAACGUAUUGUUGUCAGGCAAUUUUUGAAAUAAGUUGAGAUAUACUUUUUUAUUUGUAAGUCAAACUAUACGUAGAAAAGUGUAAAAGUUAAUAAUUAUUUAAUGGUAUCUGAUUACAAAAUGGUGCACAAACAUAUUCGAAUGCAAAAUUAUAAAUUUUUUAUUUUGAGUAUGUUUUUGAAAUUUAUGUAUGUGCCAAUAUCAUGUUCACUAUCCAAGCAGGGCUAGAUUAGUCUGACUUGAAGUUUUAAAAUCGAGUUCUGACAAUAUGUAUGAUUACACUUGAUUUAUAUACCUACAAUUGAAUAACGAUGUUUCUAUUUACUUUCAAAAAGUACAUUUUUAACUCGUUUUUUGGUUGCUAUGUUUACUAGAUAAAAUUUUAUACAGUCAAGUGUUAUUGCUGUGUAUGCAUACAAAGCACAUAGUAUAAUUAUGAAAAUCGGGGCCUUUAACUGUAUUCAAACUUUAGAUGACUAAAAGUUAUUACUGUUUCAAUCUCCAUACUGCAACUCACAUGAAGAAAUGGGAGUUUUCAAUUUUAAUAUGGUUGUAUCAAAAAAAACUCGCACAUAUAUUAUUAAGAUUAUUAUGUACUCAGUAUGGAAGUUUUUGAAAUUUAUAAAUACCAAUUUCGACGAAAAAAAUUUUGUGUGUAUCAUAAGCAUUUUGAUAAAAUCCUUAUUAGUAAAAUCAACAUAAAACCGAAUGAAAAUUCGAUCUUAUCUGAUGUAUAAUGUAUUUGUAUGCAUUUGCAUACGAAAAUGCAUAAAAAAUAGCUUGAAGUGUAAAUUGAUCAUAUGCGUAAAUAGAAUAAGAAACAUAUAGGAAAAGUACUUGUAUGGGAUAUACGAACUUAUAAGUUAAUUUCAGAUUAAAGUUAGAUUGAUUUUCCUUUUUGUUUAGCAAUAUAUAUAUUUGAGUAAUAUAUAUAUUAUCCGUUAUCAUUGAUAGCACGUAGCGCGUCAUUUCAAGAUGGCCAUUAUAACGAAAUGCAAUUUGUGCAAGUCCAAUGUGUUCAAUAUGAAAAAAAUCACUGCUCGCUAUAAGAAAUUCCACGAAGACCCGACGAAUUAUAUAUACCGAAAGACUAAAAAAAAGUCUGAAUCAAAUAUACAUUACGAGCAGCAACAAGUAGCAGUAGCGUAAACAGUUUUCUAAUCUGUUGUUGCGUCAUUUAAUAAGCAAAUAUAGAACCAAAGUGUGCAUUAGAAUAAAAAAAAGACUCGCUCAUAAUAUAUAUGUAAUACCGAUUGACUAGACAUUACCGAUGAAAAGCAAACAUUCAUUUUUAAGAGUGCGUGCUUACGCCGCAGCCGGGUGCGUAUUCUUUUAAAAUAGCGAUCUGCAGUAAGUAAAAGUCAACAUAUUUGUAAUAUUGCCGCACGAUGCUUUGCAAAGGUAUCGAUAAUAAACGAAAAAUGAAAAAUAAACAAAAUUAUAAAUGAAACUGCCAAAGUGUUCACGAGCGUAACGACGUAAAAAGAAAAUGAUAGAAAAAAAAGGAAAAAAAAUAUCGACUUUAAAAUUAUUGUUUUAAGCUCCUGUAACGUGUACUGCUGCACUUGACGCGCAAAAAUAAACUAUCGUGCGGAACAUGAAGAUUUUGCGGCGACUUUUCGUCCCUCUCUCUCUCUCACGAGAAUAAUAACUCCCAUCCUAUAUAGCAGUUGUGAGGCGAUCAAUGACUUAUUAUCAUUAAUUAUCAUUAUUAUUGAUGUGUUGUGUUUCUUUUUUUUCAAUUCUUGCGUGCGCGACGACGAGCGUCCGACGUACAUUUAUACAUACGCAAACUUACACACCCACUAAGGCAAGAAAAUGUUGUUUCUCUCGGUGCGCUCUGACGCGCGUCGUCAUAUCAUGUAUUAACGUGCUGUAAAUUCGAGAAAGAAAAAAAACAAUAAUAUAAUACAUUCAAUGAUAUGAACAGAAAAUAUAAAAUAUGAAAGUAUA